GUUCUGGAACUUGACAACAGAUUAAGGGUCAUCAAUCAGUCUAGGGAUGGCAGUUGAAACAUGUGUGCAUAUCCUUAUGUAGGGAUGUAACAAGAGACAGAGAAGGAAAUUCUGGAGAACGUCAAUAUUUAUGAUAAAGAGCAAAGGAGGACCAGUCAGAGAGAAGACCUCUUCUCAGGAUUGCUUGCUCAGAAGGAGAUUCUUCCCUUCUAAUGGGGAGUGCUAACAUCUAUCAUCCAUGUUCCUCCAAGAGGAUUAAUUGCUAAUGAAGAAACCCAGCAUCACAAGGCAAUAUGCUUCACCAUUGGUGUAAUAAGUUGCAAUAAGGGUAUAUUACAUCCUGUGAUAUUGGUUAAAACAUGAACCUCUAAGAGAAUUUACGAGGAGUCCAAUAUUAUAUAAAAUAGAACAUUCCUAUGAAACGUUUCGUAAGCCAAAAUGGCAGAAAAUGAAGAUGCGAUUGCCAUUAAUUUAUACGGAAAACUUUUUGAGCAUUCCAGGACGCCAAAAAUAAUCUCUCUUAGGCUUCUUUGAUGCCUUCAGGACACAUCUUGCUGAUAGAUGCACAAAAUAAAUCAAGAUAAAACACAGAUACUGGCAGACCCAGUUCAAAGCUGAGCUCAAUGCGGACAUACUGAGCGUAGUUCCUUGGGAAAAACGCUCUGCUCGGGCUGGGUGCUGCCUCUGCAAUGGCUUGGCUCCCUGCAAAACACACACGGAAAUUCUCACGGGAUUUCUUGGCUCCUCUAAGACAGCAAAAACAGUUGAAAUGGCUAUGAGAAACCAGAGUACAUUGAGUGAAUUCACAUUGGUCUCCCUUCCUGUCAUCCAGGAGCUUCAAGUCUUGCUGUUUGUCAUUCUCCUGCUGGUUUAUAUGCUCAUCAUAACGGGAAACAUUGUCAUCAUUUCCUUAAUAUGGACUGAUAAUCGUCUCCAGACACCAAUGUAUUUCUUCCUUAGUAAUUUGUCAUUUUUGGACAUUUUGUUCACAACUACUAUUGCCCCAAAGUUGCUAGCUUGUCUCUUAGAAAAGAAGAAAACCAUAUCCUUUGCUGGCUGCAUCACUCAAGUUUAUUUCUACUUCUUUCUGGGGACUGUGGAGUUUAUCCUCCUAGCGGUGAUGUCCUUUGACCGCUACGUGGCCAUCUGUAACCCCCUGCGCUAUACCAUCAUCAUGAACAGUAGGGUCUGUCUCCUGCUGGUUCUGGGCUGCUGGGUGGGAGCCUUUCUCUCAGUGCUAUGCCCAACUAUUGUGGUGUCCAGAUUGCCCUACUGUCAUAGAGAAAUUAGUCAUUUCUUCUGUGACAUUGCCCCUUUACUACAGGUGGCCUGCAUUGAUACCCACUUCAUUGAGAUGAUGAACUUCCUCUUAUCUUCCCUUGUGGUCCUGAGUUCACUGGUGCUCACCACCACAUCCUACACCUACAUCAUUUCUACCAUCAUGCGCAUCCCCUCAGCCCAAGGACGUCAGAAGGCCUUUUCCACCUGUGCUUCUCACAUCACAGUCGUCUCCAUUGCCUAUGGAAGCUCCAUCUUCACAUACGUGAGGCCCAACCAGAGCCAUUCACUGGAUUUUGAUAAAGUGACGGCUGUCCUCACUACAAUGGUGACCCCUCUUCUGAAUCCUUUCAUUUAUAGCUUGAGGAAUGAAAAGGUAAAGGAAGUCUUGAAAGAGUCAGUUAGCAGGAUAGUUCCACCACAUUCCAAGGGAACAUAA